AUGGCAGUGGCCACAACAAACCCUCCACGAGAAGCUUCUCUGCUCAGCAUUACACCCUUAGCAGACCUUGAAAAAGCAUGGAUUGGCCAUUCUGCUUCUUCAAGCACUACCGAUAUCCCAGACGAAAUCUAUUCACCCUCACUGGGCUUGAGGUUAUACUCCGAGUCUCCCGUUUUUGAAAGAACACCCUCACGAGAAUCUAUCUUUUGGACGAUUUAUCGACAACUUUUCUCCGCUGUCCUCCUUGCCAAUCUGCCCAUCUUAAUCUGGAUCUUGGUUUGUGAUCGAAAUAUCAACCGCGUGAUCGAUGCUGUGGCGGUAAACUUCUUGUGUUGUGCUCUUGCACGCCAGCCCUUCGUGGUGAACGGUUUCUUCAUGACUUUCUGCUCGAUUCCCAAAUCUCUUCCGCUGUGGGUGCGACGCAAUGCUGCCAACAUUCAUCAAUAUGGAGGUGUGCACAGUGGAUGUGGAAUCGCUUCACUGCUAUGGUAUCUGGCCAUGGUUGUGCUGAUGACCCGCGACUUCUUUAUCGCGAAUACCCAUUCAAUCGCUUCCACCGUCGCCCUUACUCUCUCCUACAUCAUCGUUUUGCUCCUUGUCGCCGUCAUUGGCGUAUCAUACCCAGCUUUCCGCACCUGCCAUCCCACUGUCUUCCAGUUGACCCACCGAUACUGUGCCUGGCUGAUCGUGGCCUUUUUUCUCGCCUUCCUCGCUGUCUUCGCCAAAUCUGCCUAUCCACAAUCUCAAGGAGAAUAUCUAAUUCACCUCCCCGCAUUUUGGUGCAUCUGCCUUUACGCACUUGUCAUUGUACAACCUUGGGCUCGUUUGCGCCAGAUCCCUGUCCGUACCGAGGUUCUCUCCUCUCACACACUCCGUCUGCAUCUCCCAGGAUCCACCAGUUUCGGCAAAAUUAUUUCACUCUCACGACACCCACUACACGACUGGCACAACUUCGCCACAUUUCCGGAUCCAACGCCCACUGGCUCCGUCGAUUCCACGUUCUCAUUGAUUGUUUCACGCACUGGCAGCUUGAAAUCUUCGAUCAUUGCCAGCAAUCCCACAACAAUAUACACCCGCGGACAGAUGACCUAUAGCUUCACGCACGUCAUGCGCCUCUUCCAUCGCAUCGUGCUUGUCGCUACGGGUAGCGGCAUCGGUCCCUGUCUCUCAUUUUUGGCAGAAAAACACAGACGGCCUGCUUUGAGACUACUUUGGCAGACACGGGCGCCCUUGUGGACAUACGGAUCGGGUAUACUGGCACAAUUGCAUGAGCUUGUUCCUGAUCCGAUGGUUGUGGAUACGGAGAAGUGUGGUGGGCGAAUCGACUUGGUGCCGGUGAUUGCGGAUUUAUACCACGAGACGCAGGCGGAGAUGGUUUGCGUGAUCAGUAAUCAACGGUUGACGGAGGAGGUGGUUUAUCGUUUGCGAAAUCGGGGAAUAGCGGCCAUGGGGCCUUUGUUUGAUUCUUGA